AUGUCUUCUAUUCGUGUUCGUUUUGCUCCUUCACCUACUGGACAACUUCAUUUUGGUGGUCUUCGUACAGCUUUAUAUAAUUAUUUAUUUUCAAAAUCAUUUAAUGGAAAAUUUCUUUUACGUAUUGAAGAUACAGAUCGAGAACGUAUAGUACCCGAUUCUAUGGAACAAAUACAAACUUUACUUAAAUGGACACGUUUACAACCAGAUGAACCACCUAUUAUACAAUCUGAACGUGUUGACAUAUAUCGAAAAUAUUUAAAUAAAUUAUUUGGAAAAUUAAAUCAUCAAAAUCAACCACAUAUUUAUCGAUGUUUUUGUUCUGUCGAUCGAUUAAUGCAUUUAAGACAUGAAUGUAAACGACGUUCACAACCAUAUAGAUAUGAUGGACGAUGUAAACAAUUAACAGAAAAACAACAAAAUGAAUAUCUUCAACAAGGUCUUCCACAUGUCAUUCGUUUUUCUCUACCAACUGAUGAUCAAGGUAUUCAAGUAUAUGAAGAUCUUGUUUAUGGUCAUCAUGAACAUAGUCCUUAUAUAACUGAAGGUGAUUUUAUUCUUCUUAAAUCAGAUGGUUAUCCAACAUAUCAUUUAGCAAAUGUUAUUGAUGAUCAUUUAAUGAAUAUAACUCAUGUUUUACGUGGUCAUGAAUGGCAAACAUCAACAUCAAAACAUUUACUUCUUUAUAAAGCUUUUAAUUGGUCAGCACCUAUAUAUGGUCAUUUACCAUUACUUGAACGUGAACGUGGAAGAAAAUUAUCUAAACGUGAUCCAGAAAAUGUUAUUAAUCCAAUUGAAAUUGAUUAUUAUCGUCAAAAAGGUUAUUUUCCAAAUGCUAUAUUAAAUUUUAUAACUCUAUGUGGUGGUGGUGGUUUUACAGAUGAAGAUGCAAUUACUGGAAAAACACUUGAUGAAAUGAUAUCAUUAUUUAAUAUAAAAUUAUUUAGUCGACAUGCAGCUAUAGUUGAUUUUAAAAAAUUAUCACUUUGUCAACGAGCACAUUUUAAACGUGAAUAUCAAAAAUCAAUUGAAGGUCGUCAAAAUAUUAUUGAACAACUUCGUCAAAAAGUUCUUCAUUAUUAUCCAGAGAAAAAUUUCAUAAGUUCAAUACAAUUACAAAAUGAUUAUCUUGAAAAAGUUUUAAAUAUGAUUGAUUUUCGUAUUAUUUUACUUGAUGAAUUAUUUACAAAUAAUUCAUAUGAAUAUUUAUGGAAAGAACCAGAAAUAAAAAAAGAUUUUAUUGAUAAUAUUGAACAAUUUAAAUUUGUUAUUAAACAAACAUUAAAUAAUUUCAAUGAAAUUCACUUUAGACAUGAUGAUAUCAAAAAAUUCAUUAAAGAAUAUCAACCAAAUACAAUAACAAAUAAACAAAUAUUUCGUAUAUGGCGAUUAGUUUUAUGUGGUUGUUUACAAGGACCACCUGUUCAGGAAAUAGCAACUUUUUUUGGAUCGGAUAUUGUACGAAAACGAUUUGAAAAUGCUCUUGUUGUAUUAGAUCAACAAAAUGAAAAUGUUCAAGUGAAGUUGUGA